AUGACGUCUCUUUACCUCUUGUCUUGGUUUACCUUCGUCGUCGCCGUCGCUUGCUCGACUCCUGCAGAUACGAACUCGACAGUGCUGCAGAAGCGCGCUAUUUCCCAGCAGGUCUUCGAUGAUCUUGUGUUUUACUUCCAGUAUGCAUCAUCAGCAUACAACGACGUGUGCGCGCAACCGAAUGGGAAUACGUUGGUCCAACGCAUCGACCAACUGUUGACCGACACACAAGGCUUCAUUGUACGAGAUGACGGCCGCAAAGAAAUCGUUGUUGCUUUGCGUGGCAGCACGUCCCCAACCGACUUCUUGCUCGACAAUGAGCUCUUCCUCGUACCGUUCAUAACCCCGGGGGUCUCGCCACCACUUGGGUCGCUCGUACACACAGGCUUCGUUACCGCGUGGAACUCCAUCGCGCUCCAGGUCAUCUCGAUUGUGCGAGCUCAACUCAACGCGCAUCCUGGAUACUCGCUGGUCACUACUGGUCAUUCUCUGGGCGGCUCCCUGUCAAGCCUUGCAGCUAUCUCGUUGAAGCAGAACUUCCCGAAAGUGAUGUAUACAUACGGCCAACCCCGAACCUUCAACCCCAUCUCUGCCCAGUUCAUCAAUUCUCAAUUUGGUGCAAAUGCGUUCCGGUCCGUGCAUACCAUCGACGGAGCGGCGAGUUCGAUCUCUACGGUUCUCGGUUAUCGCCACCAUGGAGUAGAGUACUGGCAAAACCCAGAUCCAGCAACUCCAGUCAAUGUCAAGCAGUGCUCAACCACCAAUGGCGAAGAUCCUACUUGCUCAGCGUCCAUUCCGUUCCUUGGCAUCGGUUCUUCACAUUUGACUUACUAUGGUAUCGCCGCUGGGAUCGCGUUCUGUACCUCAGAACCCUAA